AUGGCAACUAGCAAAUCAGAUCGCACAAAAAAAACUGAGCCAGCAUCUGUUCUCUUCAAAAAUGCAACUGAUAGUCGGCGUAUCAAUAUGCAAAGAAUGCAAAGUGUCCUCCUGAUUUGGGUGGAUAAGAACAUUGAUGAUAAUAAUGCUGAUUGUAGUAAUACAAUCAAGCAAUUGCAACGUGUUGUUAACAACGUAAAUACGUUUACAGAUAGUGAACAAUGUGUUGAAUUUAUUCAAGAAAUUACCAAUAACAAGGUAUGUAUGAUUAUUUCUGGUUCAUUUGGAAAACGUAUUGUGCCUCGUGUGCAUGACAUGUCACAAGUAGACACUAUUUUUAUUUUUUGUAAAAACGAAGAAUUUCGUAACCAAUGGGCUAAAAAAUAUCCUAAGAUUAAAGGAGUCUUCACAAAAAUAACACCAAUCUGUGAAGCUCUUAUGCAAGCUGCUCACCAAUGUGAGCAAAAUGCUACCUCAAUCAGUUUUGUGGCAUCAAACAAGAUAUCAGAUACAUCAUUUAUGUAUACUCAGACCUUGAAAGAAAUCUUAUUAACCAUUAACUUCAAAGAGAAGCACAUCAAGGAAUAUAUUCAUUACUGUCGUGAUGCAUUUGUCGAAAAUGAGUAUGUAUUAGAAAAUAUUACAAAAUUGGAACGUGAUUAUCAUGAUAAAACACCUAUUUGGUGGUAUACUUAUCAAAGUUUUUUGUAUCCUAUGCUCAAUCGUGCACUGAGAUUAAUGGAUGCUGAUAUUAUUGUACGAAUGGGUUUCUUUAUUAAUGAUCUACAUCGUGAUAUUCAACGACUACAUUCGGAACAAUUUGAUGGCCAUCAUUCCGAUAAAACAUUUACAGUUUAUCGUGGACAAGGUCUUUCGAAAGAGGAUUUCGCCGAAUUGACAAACACUAAAGGUGGACUUCUUUCAUUUAAUAACUUUUUGUCAACUAGUAGAAAUCGUAAUGUUUCUCUUGAUUUCGCCCAAGAAGCUGCUAUAAAUCCUGAUCUUAUUGGAAUUUUAUUUGUUAUGUCAAUUAAUCCUGCUGAUUCAACAACUCCAUUUGCUUCUAUUACAGAUGUCAGUUAUUUUCAUAAAGAAGAUGAAGUUCUCUUUUCUAUGCAUACCAUUUUUCGCAUUGGAGAUAUUAAACCAUUGGAUGAAAACAAUCAUCUUUAUCAAGUGAAUUUGACAUUGACCAGUGACAACGAUCAAGAUCUUUGGACUCUUAGCAAUCAGAUCCGGCAGGAGACCUAUCCAGAAAAAGAAGGUUGGUAUAGACUGGGACUAUUACUAAUUAAGAUGGGUCAAUUCAUCAAAGCUCAAGAAGUAUAUGAAAUUUUACUUCAUCAAACAACGAAUGAGAGUGACAAGGCACCUAUUUAUGAUGAACUAGGUUGGAUCAAAUGUAAUCAAGGAGAAUACCAAGAAGCACUUGUAUCUCAUGAAAAAGCUCUUGUACGUCGACAACAAUCACUUCCUUCCAACCAUCCUGAUUUGGCUGCUUCCCAUAACAAUAUUGGUGUGGUGUAUUACCGCAAGGGUGAUUAUACAAAAGCACUUUCUAAUUAUGAAAUAGCACUUGCAAUGCGACAACAAUCACUUCUUUCUAACCAUCCUGAUUUGGGUGAUUCCUAUAACAACAUUGGUACUGUGCAUCGUAGCAUUGGUAAUAAUUCAAAUGCACGUAUAGCUCAUGAAAAAGCUCUUGAAAUUCGACGAAAAUCACUUCCUUCCAAUCAUCCUGAUUUGGCUGCUUCCUAUAAUAACAUCGGUAAUGUGUAUCACAGCAUGGGUGAUAAUACAAAAGCACUUUCAGCUCAUGAAAAAGCUCUUGAAAUUCGACAGCAAUCACUUCCUUACAAUCAUCCUAGUUUGGGUGCUUCCUACAACAAUAUCGGUAAUGUGUAUCUUAGCAUGGGUGUUUAUCCAGAAGCACUUUCUUCUUAUAAGAAAGAUCUUGCAAUUCUACAGCAAACACUCCCUUUCAAUCAUUCUAAUUUGGGUGCUUCCCAUAACAACAUUGGUGUGGUGUAUUACCGCACGCGUGAUUAUACAAAAGCGCUUUCUAAUUAUGAAAUAGCACUUGCAAUGCGACUGAAAUCACUUCCUCCCAAUCAUCCUGAUUUGGCUGCUUCCUUUAAUAACAUUGGUUUGGUAUAUAAGAAGAUGAGAAAAUAUUCAAAAGCCUAUUUAUCUCAUCAACGUGCUGUACAAAUUGCACAAAAAUCAUUACCAACAAAUCAUCCUGAUUUUGAAGGCUAUAGACAAAACCUCGAACGAAUAAAGAGGAAAUUAAAAUUUGUUUGUAUUUUUUGA